AUGACCACGAGAAAAAAGCUACCUGCUAUUGAGUCUCUCAAAACGAGUCCAUAUAAUAACACUGCUUUGUGGGAUGCUCUGGCUGAGGACACUCGCUGUCUCACACUUGAUCAUCACGGACCAUCCCAUCACUUGUAUUCCUCACCCAAAUUAGUAGAUGUGUACUGUCCAUCUGAGCAAGAUCGUAGCAUCACUGUGACACAACAGUCAUCACUUACUUGCGAUAUACAAAGUACUCUUCUACCCUCCAAAAAAAUAGAUACAAAGGCCAGAUCUCACUCAGUGUCUCACAAAUUUGGUGUCUUUAAAACAGUCCCAUCUCAAUUCGAGGCGGCAGUCACUGAAAGUAUUCCUACAAGUAUUCACAACUGCAGGUAUAUUGAACAGCAUGCUCCAUCCCAGAAUUCUAAACUGCCUCUUUCAUUCGGCUCAAGACAGAUGUCAAAUGCAUUGGUAAUACCAUUCAAGCCACUCGGACAUGGCGACAGUCAAUUUACUGUGCAAUCUUGGGAGACAUCUGCAUGCACAAAUAAGCACACCACAAUCACCACUGUUACCACUACCCAGGAUAUAGCAUUUCAGUCUAAUACUGCCGAGGCAAGGAAAAUGCUUGCAUCAGAAGGUCACUUGGAUCCAUCUUUCACUGCCAGGGAGAAUGAUUCACUUGGUAAAAAUUAUUUUGUUACUCCCAUUGGCCAAGCCACAUAUGGUGGUGGUGGAUAUGUCUCUCCGCAGCUGAUGGCAGGAAAAACAGUCCAUCCCUUUCACAUGCCAGCAAACUCAAACCACUUGAAAGUACAUGCAAGAGACAGAUCUGAAGAAAUCUGUAAAACUUUGCAAGUAUUGGACAUAGAUCCAGUGUCUGACACUCGUAAUAUUGCAACAGUAGAGUGUCUCCAGAGUCUCAACGAUAAGCAUACCAGCUCUCAAAAAGACAAAACGCUGACUCAGCCCAGCAAAUAUUCUCAACAAGCGCCGACUCCCGCUAUGCAGCUGGAUCCUUGCAUGUCUCAUAGUCGUCAGGCCCCGCACAGAGAAUUUCAUCUGCAAUCUGAUUGUCAAGAAUACAAUCAUCUCCCAGAUGGCUCGUUCAACUCAAACCCAACACCGUAUCACGAAUCACUUUCCUCGCUGUUUAUACCCCUUGUGACAAACUCUGCUCCUUUCCAUACGCAAUCCCUCCCUAUGAUGACGACAGUCAUUCAAACACCAUCACACCACUCUUCUAAUACACUCCCAACUCCUGUCCAAGCCUUUGUUGCGACGGUCACUGAUCCCAUUGCUGCCUACGCGACUACAGUAUCCCCAGCUGUUGCCCAACCCUCCACUGGCCCAAUCGUGACGUCUGAUCUACCUCAUGUCGAGAAUGGCUACAGUACAGUAAAAUAUGCUUUGCACUCACAUGACUAUGCACCUACUCGAAACCUACUUCUUGUUGGGUUUGGUAUCGGUAUUCCAUUGCUAGAGCUGUUCCAAAAACUGCAGGUUCAUGGAGAUAUUCGCCAUGUGUUGCGUCCAGAAAUGCAUCCAACAAUCACUCUAGUCAUGUACAAAUCUUUGAAAAAUGCCAUACGAUUUUUUGAUGUGGUUUUAAGCAAUGAUAUUCUGUCACUCGACAAUGUACAGUUUGUCAAUGCUGGCCAAAUUGCACAACUUUUGGCUCCCUCGGCACAUCCCGAAGUGUGGCCCAUGCUUCUCAAUCAAGGCCGCCUUCAUAUUAGUGGAAUGGCUACCGCAUGGUAUGAUUUACCUACCCUUCGUUCCUUUUUUGCUGCUUUUGGACCUGUCCUAUACAUUACUGAGCAGCCAUUCCACAAAAAUAAUCCAUCCUUCAGCUGCUUUGUCGAGUUUGACAAUGUCGAUGAUGCUGCAACAGCUGUUCGUAAUCUUGGUUGCACUAAUUUGCAUGGAUCAGAUAUUGUUGCUAAAUUUACACGUUCUUUUGAAGAGGAAAAGCACCUGGCAAAAUGGUGCAUGCCAAUAUCGACAACCGUCAAUAGUGCUUUGUAUCCAUCUCCACUGAAUCUAUCCUCUGGUUUCCAAGUAUCUAACCAUACAACCGCCCCUCAAAACAGUUGCUUUGAUUAUUCGGAAACUGAAAUAGUAGGAAAGACAAAAAAUACAGUGAGAUUUGAGCAUGGUCAAGAUGUUCAAAUUUUACCUCAAGCCAGUAAAAUAAGCGAAGCCUCUAAAUCUACCAGAUAUGGAUCAAAUCAGUCUGUUCCAUCAUUGGACUAUGAUCGCACCUUUUCUAGCCCUAUUCGAUUCUCACCAACUUUUGAUGGUACUACUAUGGAAUUCAAAAUCGACAGUCGUGAAGGCUCGCCUACUUUUACCAAAGUGCACGAAUCACAUGUUAAAACAAACAUUCCAAUAUCAACAAGUGAGACAAAAACCAAAAGCAAGGGCAUUAUGAUAUUCUCGAGCCAAAAAGCAUCCAAUAGUGAAAAAACACUUGAUGAUUUAAAGGAGCUUUCGUGUGCAAUACUACAACGAAUUCCAUCAGAAUGUAUCUCGAGUCUUUUUGUUCAAAAUAUUGCAAUUGGAAAAGAAACUCGACGCACAAUCAUGGUCAAAAAUAUCCCAAACAAAUUUACUCAAGAAAUGUUUAUUGAUUUGUUAAAUGAGUCGCACCUGGGGUGUUUUGAUUUUGUAUACCUUCGAAUUGAUUUCAAAAACAAGUGUAAUGUCGGAUACGCGUUUGUAAACUUUAUCAAUGCAGAUGCAGUAAUUCGAUUUGCAGAUCGCUUUGUGGGUCGAAUGUGGGGCAAGUUUAAAAGUGAAAAAAUCUGUGGAAUGGGAUUUGCAACCAUUCAAGGAAAGCAUGCACUUGUUGAAAAGUUUCGAAAUUCAAGUGUGAUGCUUGAAAAGGACGAAUUCCGACCAAAGAUAUUCUAUACUGAUGGUCCCAAAUGUGGCAAAGUAGCACCAUUUCCAGGUCCAACAACAACAGGUUUUCGCCCCAAAGUUGAUGUGCUGUUCAGUCGAGGUGGUGCAUGGAAACAAAACAAAGGAUCUUGCUGA